AUGGCUCCAAAGAGCAAAGAGUCGGCGCCAAAACAGCUGGAUUUUGAAACACAUCUCGAGCUGAAGCAGGUCGCGCCCGAUGUCUUCACAAACGUGCAUGAACCGUGGGUAUUUCACAUCACAAAUUCAUAUCCGGGUCCGUUGAUGAUGGCCCAGGCGGCAGCGGCCGCGUGGAAGACAGUGCCUGACGGGUUCAUGCUGGAUUCGCUGCAGACGCACUUCAUGCUGGCGCCCAAUCCGCAGAAACCAUUGCUGUACAAAGUACAGCGGAUAGGCAACGGUCGGCGAUUCGCGGUGCGGAUUGUGAACAUCGCACAGGAUGAAAAGGUGUGCGUGACCAUAACCACGAGUUUCGUCAACGAUGCGCCCUGGUCCGGCCGAGCCAUGACGCAUGUAGUGCCCAUGAGGAUUGAUAGGCGGAAGCGGGAGAUCAGCCUGGACGAUUUCGAACUGAUGCGUACAUCGAGAGGGCCGUUUAUGAAAUUCGAGAGACUCCCGCAUGUUCACGAAAGUAAAUUCCAGGCAGUUGAUGGAGGCUCGGGGGAUGCUGACGGUCUCCUUCUAGAUCCCAAAAAUCCAGCCACCAGCAUGGCUCCAACCGUUGCGCAAAUCGAUCCAGCCAUCUCAUCCCUGAGAGGCACGGCAGCGCAUAUUCUCGGUGUCAUACACCUCUCUGAUUACCAUGUCAUGGACUGCCCGCUGUCCAUCCACGGUGUUCCGCACGGGGUCUGGAGAAUCGGAGACCAAGCGAAGUCACCGAUACCGACCACCAUGAAGAUCAUGACGAGUCUGAAUCACACGAUCCACUUCCACACCCACGACGGGUUCCGGGCCGACGAGCUGCUGUACAUCGAGGUCACCUCUCCGUGGGCCAGGGAUGGGAGAGCGAUGAUCAACUCGAGGAUUUUCAGCAAGCAGGGUAUGCUGAUUGCGACGGUUAUUCAGGAGGUACGAACUGAACAGCCUGCUUUGUACCGCAAUUCUUUUCCACAGACUAAUGGACGUGAACAGGCAUUCUAUGUCUUCAAGGAGGACGCCAGUGCUAAGCUUUAA